AUGGGCGACGAGGAAGAUACUGAACAGAAGGAUUUGAACCUUUCUGCACUGGUUGCGCCGUCUGAGCGUAAAAUCUCACGAAUUUCUUUGAGAAAAACUUCCGGUAUCGGUGAAGACUAUGUUGAUGUGAUUGUUGAUCCCUUUCCUGCUCUUCCCAUCAACAUUCGCGUUCCAUCGAUGCGAAAGAAAUCAACCGCUGAUGAAACAACACAAAGCACAACGAACAUUCUGAUGAAAUAUGUAACACACUGUGAAGAAGAUCGUCUAAAACAAUGGGAAAGGUUGGAAGUGCUGCCAGAUACCGAUGCCACAGCCGCAUUAGCGCAACUCGUACUGGACCACAAGGAAUCUAUCAAACCUGAUGCUGAUGGAGCGAAAAAGGUUGGAGGAAAACUUCAACUCGAAAUAAUUUCUUUUACUUUUAAACUUUUCUGUUGCCUUGCUCUUGAGAAUUCAAAUAGAAAAUCAGUAACAUACCGGAUAGACCAAGUUGUUCCAUGUCUAGAUGCAAAUAAUCGGAAAGCUGGUGUAGAUUUACUGAUCUUCUCAUCUCAAUGUUCUGAGAAUGGACUGAGCAAGUAAUC